UUUUUUUUCCUUUCUCCCUCUCUCUCUUCCCCACACAACCCUUCAUAUACCACACAAUGCUAUCACGUAGCGCACUUCGAGCCGCUACUCAGAGCGCUCGCCAUCCGGGCGCGACUCGUGUCGCCGGCCUGACCGCGACCGGCAAAGCUCUAGCUCAGACUCAAGCUCCAUGCAGCUCCACACUCGGCCGCCGGUACAUCUCCAUUUACGGCUACACACAAGCCAAAGCCCUGAUUUACUCGAAAUACGGCGAGCCAAAGGAUGUCCUCAGCCUACACAAGCACUCCAUCUCCGCACCCCACGGCACCCAGGUAAACCUACGCCUCCUCACCGCACCAAUGAACCCCGCAGACGUCAACCAAAUCCAAGGCGUCUACCCCAGCAAACCGCCCUUCUCAACCUCCCUUGGCACAUCCGAACCCGCCGCCGUCGGCGGAAACGAAGGCGCCUUUGAAGUAAUCUCCACCGGCGCCUCCGUGACCACCCUCUCCAAGGGUGACUGGGUAAUCAUGAAGCGCACCGGCCAGGGAACCUGGCGCACGCACGCGCAACUCGACGAGUCCCAGCUCAUCCGUAUCGAGAACAAAGACGGUCUCACCCCGCUACAAGUUGGCACCGUCAGCGUGAACCCCGUGACAGCGUACCGGAUGAUUCGGGAUUUCUGCGAGUGGGACUGGAUGCGAGCGGGGGAGGAGUGGCUUAUUCAGAAUGGGGCGAAUAGCGGUGUUGGCCGUGCUGCUAUCCAGCUUUGUCGGGAGUGGGGGAUUAAAUCUUUGAAUGUUGUGAGGGGACGGAAGACACCCGAAGAGACCGAGGCGCUUAAGCAGGAGCUUAAGGAUCUUGGUGCGACGGUCGUUGUUACGGAGGACGAGAUGUUGACGGGUGGGUUUAGGGAUAUGGUUCAUGAGAUUACGCGUCAUGGUCGUGAACCUAUUCGGUUGGCGUUGAAUUGUGUUGGUGGGAAGAAUGCGACGGCGUUGGCGAAGACGUUGGCGCCGGAUUCGCAUAUGGUUACUUAUGGUGCGAUGUCGAGGCAGCCGGUGGCUUUGCCGUCGGGGUUGUUGAUUUUUAAGAAUUUGAGCUUUGAUGGGUUCUGGGUGAGUAAGUGGGGGGAUAAGAAUCCGGUGUUGAAGGAGAAUACGAUUAAGGAUGUGUUGCAGUUGACUCGCUCUGGGCGGUUCAAGGAUAUUCCUGUUGAUAAUGUGGAGUGGAAGUGGGAUGCUGAGGGGCCGCAGCUUGCGGAGAGUGUGCAGGGAACUUUGGGCGGGUACCGCAGUGGAAAGGGAGUGUUCACUUUCACUGGUGGAGAUGAGUAGAUUUCUCCUAGAGAAGGGGAGAUUAGUGUAUCAUAAUUUUCGAGUAGAUUGAAUAUACACAGGUAAUAUCUGUCUA